AUGUCUCAACUACCUUACCAACAGAUUCAUCCUGUUGACGCUUUGGUAUCACUUUGGAACCAUAGAGAUCGCUUUGCUUUUCUAUUGUCUGAUAAGCGGCCACAUAUAGCGCCUGUUCCACCUGAUUUCACUUUUACUACUACUCUUUGGUGUACUAUCAAGCAGCCUAGAGUGUUGGUUACGAUAGGUUUGUCUGUCAUUGCCCUUUACAUUUUUUAUCCUGCUAUAUCGGCUUCCCGCAAAGAUAAGAUGUUUUCAACAAAAAGGCCCGAUAAAUACACAACGGGUCUAAUCAACCCUUCCAUAGACUGUUUCGCAAACUCCAACGUACAGGCUCUAUCUUCAUUACCCGCAUUGAACCUAUAUCUUGAUACUCUCAUGAUGAUUCAUAGUCAAUUGUGUCAAUUGAACUCUGAAACAUUGAUGGCAGAUCAAGUUCCCGCUAUUCCACUCCAUCAGGCUCUGAUUCAGAUCCUAAGUAAGAUGCAGGACACUAUCUAUACGACGAGGGUAGUCUCCGUAUGGGAUUUUUUACAUGUCUUGGAAGAUAUCUAUGAUGCCCGAAUAUCCCGAAGUCAGCAUGAUGCUCACGAGUUAUUGCAAUUGAUUCUUGAGACCUUACUUAAGGAAUUUGUGGCUUUGAGGAAAACAUAUCGUAGUUCCAUUCCCUUUCAGGAAUCUUUAGCUCGAGAAGGCAUCAAAGAGUUCCCUGACUUUCCUUUUGGAAGCGAAGUUGCUUCAAAUUUGAGGUGCAUGCGUUGCGGUAAGACUUCUUCGACCAACUACAAUCCAAUGAUGAUUUUAUCUCUCGCAUUACCAGAGGAGGCGUCAGUGAGCCUUGAAAAUUUACUGAAACGCAACGAGAGCGAGGUCAUCGAGGACUAUUCAUGUCUAGUCUGUGAGGUUAAACACAUACUGGCCUCCAAAGAUCAGAUAGUCCAUGAAGCAAAAGAUUUAAAAUUGGUGGAGCGAUUACGCCUAUUAUUAGAAAGAAAUCUGAUUCUAAUCAACGAUGAUUUGGAGCCGGAAUUGCAACAAUUUGUCGACAAUUAUCCUGGCAUCAAGUCUUUUAAAGUAAAAUCUAUUGUGCAUCGGGAAGUUAGUAUCAUCAAGCCUCCAAAAAUUCUCACCAUACAUCUUUCUAGAUCAAUCUUUCAAGAUACUCAGGCCUGGAGAAAUUCCUGUGACGUGGUUUUCGAUGAGGAGCUCCAAGUAAAAGUUGAUAACAAGCAAUUCGAUGAGUUCAAGAGGAAACAAGAAGUUGAAAGCGUCGACUCUACUGGAAGCGCGAUUGAGGAGAUGAGUAUAAAUCCCUCUUAUAAUCCAACUUUGACAAGUUUGUCAAAAGCAAGUACUGAGCAUUUUGAAGAGGCCACCGAGGACCUCAGCGAUUCAGAUUUUGAAUCUGAUGAUGAUGAAGAUGAUGAUGAAAUGGAGUCUGGUAUUGAAGAAUAUGAUGAAGAUGACGCUGAAAAUUUAGAUCUGGAUAAAAUUACACCCCAAGCCGAUGGCAGCGUUAAAAGAAGGCACGAAGUUAAUAGGCACCACAAAAACCAUCGUCCUCAUGGCAGCACUCCUACUUCUGCAUCUGCUUCUACGGAGAGCUCUGCAUUUCUUUCUAUAACUAGCUCUUUUACCUGUUUUACCUACGAGAUAAGAUCGAUGAUCAGACAUCUUGGAUCGCAUUCUAUGGGUCACUAUGAAUGUUACAGAAGAAAGCCUGUUUAUUAUAAGAGCAGGAUCACUGGUGAAUAUUAUAGCAAGUUCCCAGGACUCAAAAACUCAAACAGAGAGAAAAAGACAGACGUUAUGGCUGCCCUAAACAAUCUUGAGCUCAGCAGCAGUAGUUUUACAGAGACCGGUACAGGUACAGGUACUACGGAUGAAUUUACUGGUAUGUCGGACCUAAGUACUACGGAUAUGGGAAAUCAAUCUGAUGUUCCUAAGGCCGUUCCUGCUUCCAGUUCCGUCAAUGAGCAGAAUCCAACUAUUUCUGCCAGAAAACCCAGUAGAACGUUGUCGAUAUCCAAAUUUAGAUCCCGAGUGUCUUCAUUUGUUGGUGUCGGACCCUCUAGACAGCGCUCUCUGUCAACUACUAGUAAUGGUGGCCCUGUUGGAUCUCUUGCUGGUACAAGUCCUUCCACUUCGCAGAUAGGCCCUGUUCCAUUUAGGGAUCCUUUUACAAAACCCAAGAGACCCAAGAAAGAUAAAAAGCUUGCAAGUUCUAUAAAGCAUCCGUUUUGGAGAAUUAGUGAUGAUAAAGUCAAAGAAAGUACCAUCUCUGAUGUUCUUGGUGAUCAUGCUGCGGUUUACAUGCUAUUCUACGAGCGCAAGGAUCCUCUUCGAAUUUUUCAAUGA